UCAGAUCUGAGAUUUAAGUAGCACAGAAUUGCGCGUUUGAGUGAUCCGAGUCGCUCCCGUUGCGCCUUUGUUUGGCACUGACCGCAAAAACUUCCAAUAGGAUGGCUUUGGUCAUGGAACCUGUAAGCAAGUGGACAACGAGCCAGGUGGUGGACUGGAUGAAGGGUCUGGAUGACUGUCUUCAGCAGUACAUUAAGAACUUUGAACAGGAGAAGGUGGGAGGGGAGCAGUUGCUGCGCAUCACCCAUCAGGAGCUGGAAGAUCUGGGAGUUUCUCGCAUUGGCCACCAGGAGCUCAUCCUGGAGGCUGUGGACCUGCUGUGUGCACUGAACUAUGGUCUGGAGACGGAGAAUCUGAAGACUCUGUCCCAUAAGCUCAACGCCUCUGCUAAAAACCUGCAGAACUUCAUAACAGGUCGCAGACGAGGAGGUCACUAUGAUGGCCGAGCCACACGCAAGCUACCGAACGACUUCCUCACCUCAGUGGUGGAUCUGAUCGCUGCUGCGAAAAGUCUUCUGGCUUGGCUAGACAGGUGUCACGUCUUCCUCAGGUCUCCUUUUGCUGCAGUGGCUGAUUAUUCCCUGACCAGGAACAACGUGAUCCAGCUUUGUCUAGAACUAACCACAAUAGUGCAACAGGACAACACAGUAUAUGAAACGGAGAAUAAAAUACUGCAUGUGUGUAAGAUGCUGUCUGAUGUAUGUGACCAUAUUAUCACGCUCUCCUCAGACCCAAUGGUGUCCCAGGCUGCUCACCUGGAGGUGGUGCAACUGGAGAACAUCAAAUCGACAGAGGGGCUGGGCAUGUACAUCAAGUCGACGUAUGAUGGCCUGCAUGUCAUCACAGGGACCACAGAGGGGUCUCCGGCAGACCGCUGUAAGAAAAUCCAUGCUGGCGAUGAAGUCAUUCAAGUCAAUCAUCAGACAGUGGUGGGCUGGCAGUUAAAGAACUUGGUGAACUCUUUACGUAGCGACCCCGCUGGAGUGUCCUUAACACUGAAGAAACGUCCUCAGAGCACUCUCACUUCCACUCCAGCCUUACUGAAGAACAUGAGAUGGAAGCCCCUGGCCCUGCAGCCCAUCUUCCCCUCGAGCCCCAGCAGCAGUACGGCCACACCCACCAGCACCCUCAGCACACCAUCCAAACGAGACAGCUGUGCUCUACAGGACCUCUACUUCCCCCCACCACCGGACGAGCCAUACACACCCAGAGAGGGCACAGCCAGUGACACUUCCCAACAUGAUGUGACUAAGCGCUCUGAGUCGCCGAACUCUUUUCUAGACCAGGAGUGCCGGCGGCAGUUUCCCAUGAUGGAUGAGGAUGCGGUUCUCUACUGCUAUGAGUAUGAUCCAAACCGGGGACCUCCUCCUGUGCGCAGGGACGGCACUAUGACAUAUGGCAGGCUGAGGCCCAUCUCUAUGCCGGUGGAGUAUAACUGGGUGGGCGACUAUGAAGACCCAGCCAAGAUGAAGAAAGAGCUCAGGAGAGAGAACUCCAUGCUUCGUUAUGUUGGAGAGGAUAAGGCGGGUGCUGAGGAGUAUGCGAUCGGACGCAGCAGCAGCAGGCGGAGCAGGAGGAAGAAUGAGAAAGGGAGUAGCCCCGCCCAUUACGCCUUGGUUCCAGCCAUUCAGAUGGAAAUGUUGAGACAGGACUCAGUAACCACACCCACCUCAGACACCUCCUCCAUCUACCACACGUUUGAUCAGUCUUCAGUGCUGUCAAAGUCAAAGAAGAAGUUGAGAGCUGGCUCACUAUCUUCCAUCAGCAAGCGCAGGAUUUCCUGUAAAGAUCUGGGACAGGGAGAUUGUGCAGGCUGGCUCUGGAAGAAGAAGGAUGCCAAGAGCUACUUUUCUCAAAAGUGGAAGAAGUACUGGGUGGUGCUGAAAGACACCUGCCUGUACUGGUACAUCAACGAGGAGGACGAGAAGGCCGAAGGCUUUGUCAGUCUCCCUGAGUUCAAAAUUGACCAAGCAAAUGAAUGCCGCAAGAAAUUCGCUUUUAAGGCAUGUCAUCCUAAGAUCAAGAGUUUCUACUUUGCAGCAGAUAAUGUGGAUGAUAUGAACAGAUGGCUGAGUCGAUUAAACAUGGCAGCAGCAGCUCAUUCGGAGCAGGAGAGGAUUCGGCAGGAUCAUGACUACUGGAGUGAGAGCGACCAUGAGGACGUUGAGAACUUGUCUUCUAAACAGAACAGCCCUCCACCACCCUACGACACCUACCCUGCCUUACAGGUGAGCCCCUAUCCUGAGCCCAAACACAUUCGGCCUCCAUCCACAGAGACCGUGCAGCCCCGGUCUCCCCAUGAGGACUUCCAGCCCGAGCCCCAUUGUGCCAGUAUGAGUGGCUCCAGCUCUCCAGCACGCAAGUCGUCCAGCCAAAGGCGCUCAUGGCAAGACCUGAUUGAGACGCCACUCACUAGUUCAGGUCUACACUUCUUGCAAUCUCUGCCUCUGGAGGAUGCUGUGUUCCUGGAGCCCAAUGGAGCUAUGCCUGUGGAACUUCGACGCCAGGCUACCCUGCCACCUCAGCGAUGCCAACUGCCCGAGCGCCACACCCCACUGACACCCGGCCAACUACCUUCCACAGCCCGGAUAGGAAGGGAAGUAAAACACCGCAGCUUUACGUUGCCACGUGACAGUGGCCUGCAUGCCAUCCUGGCAGCCACAGCAGGGGCUCCUGAACACAGAGAUGUCCAGCAGCACCAGCUGGGCCAGGCGUACAUCAGAGAUGCAGGUUUGGAGCGGGAACACAGGCAGCAGGCUGAUUCGCUGUGUGACCUGUAUCGAGCUCUAGAGAGGGCCAGUCUGUCCCCUGUGAAUGAGCACAUGCCCACCAAUCGUCUGGAGUACAAGCGCUCGUUUGUCCGCCGUGGUAACGACCCCUUGCUUAAUGAGAAACUGCACCGCCUGCGUAUACUUCAGAACACAUUCAAGGAUGUCCCACUCAAAGAGGCUGAGACAAAGAUCAUUCAUCGGGAUGUGUAAGGAAAGCCGGUGGCAAUCAGGAGAGUAGCCUAGAAAACAGCAGUCUUCACAUCUGUACAUAAAGAUAGUGUAUAUUAAUGUGAGAAGAGAGUUACCUCUGCUCCAGUUCCAUUCUUUUCAUCUCUGCUUCCUUGUGGAGGUUGAUUUACAUGGACACUGCCAAUCAAUGAUUCUGAAGAAAAAUAUUAAACAUGUUUUCCAUUAAAAAAAAAUUAUAUUAUGUAAUAUUUUCUG